AUGGAUUGGCCUGCCGAUCGGCCGUCCUCCAGCCAUGCACCCAAUGACACCAACGAGUCGGUCGGGGCCAUGGAUCUAGCCGUUUUCGCCGGUCUCGAGACGCUCGGCACACUGGCCAUUGUCGGCAAUUUGUCGCUGAUCGUCGUGCUGCUCAGGAACAAGUAUCUCAACAGAGCCAGCUUCAUCCUGAUGCUGUCCUUGGCAAUAGCUGAUGUGCUACACGGGCUGGUGACUACGUGCUACUUCUAUCCACCAAUAAUUCUCAAGCGACAACAUAUCCCGCCCUUAGGAAUGCGGCUUUUCAAUAUUGUUGAUUGGACGGCAUGGGCGAUUACCUUAACACACAUGUCAGCUAUUUGCCUUGAUCGUUUGAUAGCUAUCAUGCUAUACGAUCGCUACAGUAUACUGGUGACUAUCCCAAGGGUACGGUGGUACAGUAUAUUCUGCUGGGUUUCAUUUUUGGGGAUCAAUAUCGCAAUAUUCUUUAUGAAGUUUUGCUGUAUAAUACAGCCACUACGAUCGGAAAACUACUACACUUUUGGCUACGAUACUCACACCGAAUGGAACUUUUAUGUUCUAUCGUACACCCCACUUGAGAUUAUUACAAUUGGGGUUUUAUCAGUCAGUAAUCCAAUCACUUUGGUACAACUCUAUCGACGUCAUAAACGAAAAGUGGCCCUCCGAAUGCAGGGAACACAGAAGGUGAGCGCCGACUCGAAUCCAUCACUUCUGAAGUCACAACGAUCACAGUGGCAAAGGGCUUCGACAAUGCUACUUGAAAUGUCGAUGAAAAUGGGAAAUCGACAAGUGUCGAAUGAUGUUAGAGAAAUCGCGGCGAGACGCGCAAACCGGCAACAACAAAGGAUUUUGCUGCAGAUCUCAGUCGUUGCCCUAAUCUUCUACUCGUACAUGGCUGCAUACUACAUGUCAUACUAUGUGGCUUUUCUACAAUCAACCGCCACGAUGAUCUUCAACUCCUUUUUCUACUCAACAACCCACAUGAUCAACCCGAUUAUCUAUUUUUCCAUGAAUAAGGAGAUGAGACAACAAUUAAAGCAGGCCAUCAACGAUUUCGCUGAGUGCUGUUUUUGUCGAAGGCCAUCAAAAGGAAACUUUGCCAGCUCCAACUCAAAAAUGGCUACAAUGCGCGAGUGCACGGUCGAUCGGGUACAGGCCAGUGGCACUUCGGAAACUUCGCCACUAUUUUCUACAAAUUGUCAUUACAAGUACAAAUAUCCAUUAUCACGGCAACACACUACUAGAUCAACGGGUCCCGUCGAAGAGUCUGUGGUGAAGAAGGAGGUCAUUCCGGAAGUUACACCUGACGCGGAAGCCGAAGAAAUGGAACCAUCAAGUGAAACACAAACCGCAAAACUACUUCCAAGAGAUCGAUCAAAUUUUAUUAACGAUUUGAUCAAGGCAUUGCAGUAUGAGAGUCAGCCAACCCUCAACUCAUCAAGCAGCGAAAUUGAGAGUCAAAUCAAUCGUCAACGUCAUUCGAUGGAGUUCCCGAAACGAGUCCGCGGGCGUUAUAUGAAGAUGUCGUCGACGUUGCAGUUGAUAUCAAACAAUGGAGACCCUCCAAGCGCUGCGGAAGCUCAACUUUUCGUCACCAAAAAAUUCUCAUCGAUGAAUUUUGACCGUACCCCACUCCUCAGCAAAAAUGACAGCGACGAUGAGCUGGAAAUUCGCCCUAAAAACAGAAAUUCCGAUGUGCCGGAUUGCAACGGAAAUGCGGCCGAAGAUAGCGAUGAAGAAAUUGCCUAUUUA